CAUCAGUCAGAUCCGGAGGAGUUCUACGUGAAGCAGGAUAGGAUCGGCAAAGGAUCAUUUGGAGAAGUUUAUAAAGGAUAUGACAAGCGGACGCAGAAGACUGUCGCGAUCAAGAUUAUAGAUCUCGAAAGUGCCGAAGAUGAGAUCGAAGACAUCCAGCAAGAGAUACAGAUUCUUUCCCAGUUAGAUUCCCCUCACGUUACGAAAUACCAUGGGUCCUACUUGAAGGGAUCUCAUCUCUGGAUUGUUAUGGAGUAUUGUUCCGGCGGUUCAUGCUCUGAUCUCAUGAAGCCAGGCGUGUUUCGCGAAGAGUACAUCGCGAUCAUUAUUCGCGAAUUGCUUCGCGGACUCGACUAUCUUCAUACGGAAGGAAAGCUUCAUCGGGAUAUCAAAGCUGCCAAUAUUUUGCUUUCGGCUGGCGGCGAGGUGAAGCUCGCUGAUUUUGGUGUCUCCGGACAGCUCUCCGGAACACUGUCCGCGAAGAAAAACACAUUUGUUGGAACGCCAUAUUGGAUGUCGCCAGAGGUCAUCAAACAGAGCGGGUACGAUCAUAAGGCUGAUAUUUGGAGUUUGGGAAUCACAGCUAUCGAAUUGGCAAAAGGUGAACCACCAUAUGCGGAGUUGCAUCCUAUGAAGGUUCUCUUCCUCAUUCCUAAGAACCCUCCUCCGCAACUCGAUGUCAGCUUUUCCAAACCAUUCAGAGAAUUCGUUGGGUAUUGCUUGCAAAGAGAUCCACGGGAGCGUCCAAGCGCACGUGAAUUGCUGAAGCAUAAAUUUAUUCGCAUGGCAAAGAAGACGAGCUAUCUUACCGAACUUAUCGAGCGACACGAGAGGUGGAAGGCAGAAGGUGGCGAGAGAUUGCAAGAGGAGGAGCAGGGUGGUGGAGAGGAUCCGUAG